ACCAGCCACCCACUGGAAGCCGAACAAAGUUUGUAUACAGGUUCGGCUCCGGUAAGUACGCCAACUAGACAUGUAAGGAUCGCAGCCGAUACAAUUGCAGCUAGUAGGGCACCUGAUGUGGGGGGAAUAAUUCAAUCAAAUCCGAUUGAGCAGUUGUUUGAUAUUAGUUCCUACACUGCAAGUAGAGCCUAUCCCAUAGCACACGAAACUUUAGCAAACCAGCAUAGGGCAAUAGGAAACAACACAAUAUUCCCAACUGUCAAACCACCACCACACCCUACUAACACGGCUCCAAUGCGGAGUGUCUCGAGCUAUCCGGGCCCAAUAUUCUCGCUUCCAACGGGUUCCUCCGCUCCUCCCUUCCCCUCAACGACAAACGUUCAAUCGUUCGCGAGUGAUUCGAUCGGACCAAGAUCGACGAGUGCUUUACCGAUCAGUGCUACCGGUGUUCCAGUGACAGUGUAUGCGAGUAUAAGUGAACAACCAGUGCAUUCCUCUCCGUUUAUCGGCAACCGUUAUCACAGUGGAACCAUUUCGUCGGCAUCGAUUAUCAACUCCAGAAUAGGACAGCCAGCAAAUCCUCUGCCGAUUGGAUCGGCGCCAGUAAAUCCAAUUGGAAUACCGGCCGCUUCAGCAAUUUUCCCUGGAGCAGUCUCCGCUGCACCAGCGAGUGUACCAGGCUUCAACUAUUCUCCGUACCCACAGGCGGUACAAGGUGGUCCAGGUCAUCCCGUAUCUUCAGCAAGUUACGACGCUCAACUUUUCAACGCUCCUACCGCCCAGCAGCUGGCGGCCCGUCACGUCGUCCCUAGGGAACUUCCACCAUUUUCUGGGAAUCCUGCUGAAUGGCCGUUAUUUUGGAGCAGUUUCGAGACGUCGACGAGAAUUUGCGGCUACAGUGAUGCGGAGAACCUCAUGAGGCUUCAAAGAUGCCUUAAAGGAGAAGCAAGGAAGGCGGUGAACUGUUUCCUUCUCCACCCGUUGAAUGUUCAGGAAAUUCUUCGUACUUUGUGCACCCUCUACGGACGACCAGAAGCCAUCAUCGGGACAUUGCUUGCGGAGGUACGAGCUACUCCGGCUCCACGAUCCGAGAAGUUGGAAACCGUCAUAAAUUUUGGACUGGCGGUACGGAAUCUUUGUGCCCACUUGAUAGUGACUGGGCAAGAGAUGCAUUUAGCGAACCCGAUGUUAAUCAACGAGUUGGUCGACAAACUUCCAGCCAACAUCAAGCUGGACUGGGCGUUGUAUACACAGCGCGUGGCACUAGCGGAUUUGCGAGCAUUCUCGGAGUAUAUGAACGUAAUCGUCGAUGCUGCGAGCCGGGUAACGCCGGUAAUGAAUAAACCGGAGAAAUCGAAGGAAAGAGCCGUCGUGAAUGCCCACGCGUCGGAAAGCUAUGCGAGCAAGAUCCGCGGAGAGCAGAAACCGAGUACGACGAAGACAAGCUACACAAAACCACCAGUAGGAGCUAGUGACAAGCCAUGCUUGGUUUGUAAGACUAGUGGGCACAAGCCGAAGGACUGCUCGUCUUUCAAAUCGAAAUCUCUGGAGAACCGAUGGAAAAUCGCGCAGGAACUUCACCUCUGCAGAAGGUGUCUUUACCCGCACGGAAAGUGGCCCUGCAAAGCAUCGCUGUGCGGCGCGGAUGGCUGUGAACAACGCCAUCACAAUCUCCUUCAUCCCGGCGACCCAAGGCAAGAACCAGAAUCUACCGCAACUUCAAGUGCUGUAACAGGAGUAGUAACUGUCCACCAAAACUGGCACAACAAAGUGCUGUUCGGAAUUGUUCCCGUUAUGUUGCAUGCCAACGGCAGAUCCGUCCAAACCUUUGCCUUCCUAGACGGAGGGUCGGACUCAACUUUAGUGGAGAAGUCGCUGGUGGAUCAGCUCGGCGUGGAAGGAUCUGUGUCUCCACUGUGCAUGCAGUGGACCAACGGAGUUAAAAGAACCGAGGAAGAUUCCAGGAGGGUCCAAUUCAAUAUCUCCGGAGUAGGACAAGGCAAGCAGUUCCAGUUACGAGGCGUACAGACCGUGGAGAGUUUGGACCUACCCCACCAGUCAAUUCGCUUCGAGGAACUUGAAGGUCGAUUCGCCCAUCUGCGAGGGUUACCCGUCGUGAGUUAUCGUGAUGGAGUUCCGGGUAUCCUAAUCGGUCUGGACAACACCAAGGUGAAGACUUCCCUAAAGCAACGCGAAGGAAAAGCCAACGAGCCGGUAGCCACCAAAACAAGGCUAGGAUGGGUGGUAUUCGGCCGUACCGGGACCCUUGAUCAAGCCCAGCCUAAUCGGGUCCUCCACGUCUGUACCCGUUCUCACGACGACGACCUCAACGAACUUGUCAAGCAGUUCUUCUCGACGGAAAGCGUAGGCGUGUCUGCUGCGAAGGUUACGGAAUCAGCGGAUGAUCAACGAGCACGAGAUAUUCUGGAAUCGACAACGGUUCGGACUCCCUCCGGUAAAUAUCAAACAGGCCUUCUCUGGAGGUACGAUGCCGUCGAGUUUCCGAAUAGUCGUCCAAUGGCCGAGCGACGUCUAAAAUGCCUUGAACAUCGGCUCACCAAGUCACCAGAACUCUACGAGAAAAUGAGGCAGCUGAUGGUCGAUUAUCAGACGAAAGGUUACGCCCAUAAAGCUACACAACGGGAACUGGAAGAAUCCGACCCCAAACGCGUCUGGUACCUACCGUUAGGGGUGGUCGUAAACCCAAGAAAACCCGAUAACCUUCGCGUAGUGUGGGAUGCAGCCGCCGCAGUUCAAGGAGUCUCGUUCAAUUCCGUACUCCUCAAAGGACCGGAUUUGUUGGUACCCCUUCAAACCGUGCUUUGUCGCUAUCGUCAGAGGAACAUUGCCAUCAGCGCGGACAUAAUGGAAAUGUUCCAUCAGGUGCAAAUACGACCGGAGGAUCGACAAGCACAGAGGUUCCUGUGGAGAGACAACCCAGCUCAGCCAGUGCAAGUUUUCGUGAUGGAUGUGGCCAUUUUUGGUUCCACGUGCUCGCCGUGUUCCACCCAAUAUGCCAAGAAUGUCAACGCUAACGACCACGCAGAGGAAUUCCCGAGAGCAUCCGUUGCGAUCAAGGAGAACCAUUAUGUCGACGACUAUUUGGAUAGCGUCGAUAGUGUCGACGAGGCAGUGCAACUGGCAACCGAUGUUAAAACGGUACAUGAACGAGCAGGAUUUCAAAUACGACACUGGACGUCGAACUCUCCAGAAGUUCUCGAGCGAAUAGGAGAACACAAUACCCAAGCAGUGAAAAGCUUCGUGAUGGACAAAGGCAGCCAACAGGAACGCAUCCUGGGAAUGGUCUGGAUGCCCGGCGAGGACGUGUUCUCGUACACCACGAGCUUCCGCAGCGAUUUGGAGCGUCUUUUUGAUACAGCCGUCAUUCCUACCAAGCGAGAGGUUUUGCGGCUGGUAAUGAGUCUGUUCGACCCUCUGGGGCUCGUGGCUUCUUUUGUCAUCGAAGGAAAAGUAAUUAUUCAGGAAGUUUGGAGGGCAAAAGUCGGCUGGGACGAACGUAUCCCCGCAGACAUCAUUCUUCGAUGGCAACAGUGGUUGGAGGUGCUGCGGUCACUAGAUAAAGUGAAGAUCCCUAGGUGCUACUUCCCAGGAUACAGCAAAGAAGCCUACAAAUCACUGGAACUACACGUCUUCGUCGAUGCCAGCGAGAGUGCGUACGCGACCGUUGCCUACUUCAGAGUCGUCGAUAAUGGGGAGGUUCGAUGCUGCUUGGUAGGAGCGAAGACAAAAGUAGCUCCAUUGAAACAGCUCACCAUACCACGCUUGGAACUUCAGGCAGCGACGAUUGGGGCGAGGCUAAUGAAGACAGUUACCGACAACCACACCCUUGCAAUCAAGCGCAGAGUACUAUGGAGCGAUUCACGAACAGUGCUCUCGUGGCUCCGUUCUGAUCAAAGACGAUAUCGCCAGUUCGUGGCAUUCCGCGUCACGGAGAUAUUGGAGGAAACGAGCGUUGCAGAUUGGAGAUGGGUGCCAUCUAAGCAGAACGUGGCGGAUGAGGCCACUAAAUGGGGAAAGAGUCCCAACUACUUUGAGAGUUGCCGCUGGUUUAAAGGACCGGCAUUCUUGUACGAGGAUGAAAGUCAGUGGCCCGUGGAAGAUUCUGGGAUGGAGGAUUCUACGACCGAAGAGUUGCGGAGCGUCCACAUCAACGUGCAGAUUUCAAUCGAGCCUCUUAUGCAGUUCCAGCGGUUCUCCAAGUGGGAAAGACUGCUCAGAGCGACGGCGUAUCUUCGGCGGUUCUACAAAAACUGCCAGCGAAAAAAGGCCGGUCGUGCGAUCCACGUGGAUGCUCUCUCGAGCGAGGAGCUGAAUGCAGCGGAACAUACCAUCUGGAGGUUGGUGCAGGCAGAGGCUUUUCCAGACGAGAUCCGCUCACUACGCAAAGAUCAGUCCGUUCCCGAAGGCCAGCAGACAACUGUGGAAAAGAGUAGCCAUAUUUACAAGCUGUCGCCGUUUAUCGGCGAAGGAGAUCUCAUGCGGAAGAAUGGACGAAUAGCAGCAUCGCCGUACAUUCCGUACGGUACGAAGUUCCCGAUCAUCAUUCCAAGAAAUCACCACGUUACGGACCUUCUUGUGAACUGGUAUCACCGGAAAUAUGGCCACGCAAACGGUGAAACCGUGGUGAAUGAACUGCGGCAACAGUACCACGUCCCGGAUAUGAGAGUAGUCGUUCGGAAGGCUGCGAAACGCUGCAGUUGGUGCUCGGUGUACCGAGUAUUGCCUCAGGUUCCGAAAAUGGGUCCGCUACCGGUGGCCCGGAUCACCCCCUACGUCAGAGCUUUCACUUUCGUAGGACUGGACUAUUUCGGGCCAUUGACAGUUCGCGUUGGACGGGCGAAAGCCAAGCGUUGGGUGGCAUUGUUUACUUGCCUGACGACCAGGGCCAUCCAUUUGGAGGUUGCGGCUUCGUUAACAACGGACUCUUGCAAGCAAGCUAUACGGAGGUUCAUCGCAAGGCGAGGAGCUCCCCAGGAAAUUUAUUCGGAUCAGGGUACAAAUUUCCAAGGUGUUCGUAGUGAAAUGGACAAAGAAAUGCGGUCUAUCAACAAGUCGUUGGCUUCCACCAUAACCAACCAAAGGACCCAGUGGAAGUUCAAUCCUCCGUACGCCCCUCACAUGGGUGGCGUGUGGGAGAGGCUCGUGCGCUCCGUUAAGAAAGGGCUUAGCUGCUUACUAACGGAUAGAAAUCCCGACGAUGAAGCUUUGACUACUGUGCUUGCAGAAGUAGAAUCGCUUGUCAACUCACGCCCAUUGACAUAUUUGCCCCUGGAAAGCGAAGAGCACGAAGCCUUGACGCCCAACCAUUUUUUGCUCUUGAACUCCAGUGGGGUGGUUCAACCUGCUGUACGACCGAUGGAUGAUGCAGCAGCUCUGCGUUCCAGUUGGAAUGCUAUCCAGGUCAUGCUGGACAAUUUCUGGAAGCGUUGGCUCAAGGAAUAUCUCCCGGUGAUAUCUCCUCAGUCGAAAUGGUUUGGGGAGACGCGCAAUGUUGAAGUCGGCGAUUUGGUGAUGAUUGCCAGCGAUAAGGAGCGAAACAGCUGGACGCGAGGAAGAAUACUCCGAAUUUAUCCAGGGAAAGACCGGAGAGUUCGGCGAGUCGACGUGCAAACUACGAUGGGAAUUCAGCAACGUCCGGUGUCGAAGUUGGCUAUACUGAACGUCGCUGUAGAUCCAGGUAUAGCUGAAGGUUCUGGCAGCAAUACGGGUGGGGGUAUGUACGCGACCGAACCCAUGGCGUUCAGUACCGCCCAUGUAGAUGCGCUACCAACUACCGACACUACAACAAAUCUACCGCUGUCACCAAAUGACAAUCAACAGAACAAUAACCAACCUAAUCCUAUGACACAAAACAACAGAAAGCCAUAGAAAGAACACGUGAAUUAUUUAGUGCUAAAUUUGUUGAAAUUUGUUUUCCCUAAAAUUAUCAUUAAAAACUAAACACAAAACAUUGAAGAAUAAAUAGUUACAAACGACGGACAGACACAAAGAAAACUAAAAACUGUAAGUUAACCUAAAUUUGCUAAAAAUCAUGCAAUUAAUGAAUAAAAUUUAUUAUAGCUUGAAGCUUACUCCACCAAAAAAGCGAGUUUGUCUGGAGAG